AUGCCAAUUUUUCCAAGAAUUUCUCUGAAACCUGAAGUCACUGCUUAUCUCAGGAGCGUGUUCCUAAAUAAAGAGUUGUUGACUGUUGUUGGGCACCAAGCAGCAGAAGAGCGUUUUGAGAGGCUGCUCUCAUGUCUAUCACACCCUCCUUCACACACAUGUGUCCGAGCUAGUACUCACCUGGCCCCCCUGGAGGAGAUCAGACAAAGACUAGAACAAGAACUGAAUAAGCACCUGUGUGGCUCAUCAGCUGUGCCCCCCGUGGAGAUGGUUCCACACCCAUGCAUUCCAGAUGUGCUGCUGCUUCCUGUGGAUGGACCCAGAUGUGUCCAGCCGCUGGAGUUGGAGGUGGUCGUAGGUGCACAGUGUGGGAGUGCUGUUCUGAGAGGGGCUCAUGUUUUUGCCCCUGGCGUAGUUUCCAGCCCAAAAUUCAUGAAAGCUGGAGAUGUAGUUUCUAUAUUUUCUGAUAUUGAUGGAAAAUGCACGCGAGGAGCCACAAGCUUCCAAGGAAAUAAAGUGUUUGUGGGAAAUGGUGUUGCACAAAUGGAUCGCUCAACAAUAUUUUGCACCAAUGAACCAAAGAAAGGUGUGGCAGUUUGUAUGACAGAGCCACUUUAUCAAAGUCCUUCUUUUGAUGGAGUUCUCCCCAGCCUUGCAUUCUUACAGAAUCUCCCCUCUGUGGUGGUGGGACAUGUCCUUGGGCCUCGUCCGGGUGAGCGUGUUCUGGAUAUGUGUGCAGCCCCAGGGGGAAAGACCUGCCACAUCGCUUCUCUCAUGAAAGACCAGGGGGAGGUUGUGGCACUUGACAAAAUCCGAAACAAAAUUGAUCGUAUUCGUCAAAAUGCACAAAUGCUGCAUCUGGAUUCAAUCACAGCAAUUUGCUUUGACAGUGUAAAAGCAGUGACCAGUGACACUGACAGACUAAAGGCUCCUGAAGGUCCUCCCUUUCCUCCUGAGUACUUUGAUCGUGUUUUACUGGAUGCUCCUUGUAGUGGACUUGGACAGAGACCUUCCAUGGCCAGUUCAUGGAGCCUGAAGGAGAUCUGCUCCUAUCAGCCUCUUCAACGCAAACUACUUCACGCUGCAGUGAGUUUAUUGAAGAAAGGGGGCGUCCUGGUGUACAGCACUUGCACUGUGACCCUAGCUGAGAAUGAGGAGCAAGUUGCCUGGGCGCUCAAAACCUUCCCAUGUCUGUCUCUUGUGCCUCAGGAGCCUCAUAUCGGUGCAGGAGGCAUGCCUGGAGCCGGUCUGUCACAUGAUCAACUGUGCCUUCUCCAGAGGUUCAGCCCUGAGCUCAGCUGGGGACAAACUCCACCCGAUUCUCUGUUUCCCCAUAGCGCAAACACAAACACUAUAGGUUUUUUUAUUGCCAAAUUCCUGAAAAACUAA